UACCUGAAGUUAAUCUGAGCUGCAGUUACUUUCACACCUCACUUCCUGAGGAGCGAGACAACAUGCAAUGGCCAUUGUGCUUUGUGCUGAUAGUUGGACAGAUGAUGCUGGUGACUUCGGAUAUCUUGCAUCAAUUAGAUAUUUUAAGUGCUAAGGACGUUGUAGAAGAAGGAGAAUCAGUGACCCUUAAAUGUCGAGAUCAUCAAAUGAGAAAACACAACAACAUCUUGGUGAAUUUAUACAAAAAUGGUGAGAAAUUGCAAAUCAAGCCGAGUACUACAGAGAUGGGACUUUUCACCUUCAAUCUGGAGAACAUCAGACAAGAGCAGACGGGGAACUACACCUGCUUUUAUGAAGAGAAGACACCAGAAAAUGUGACACACAUCAGGACAGAGAACUUCUUGAGCUUAACAGUCAAACCAUCUGUGCUCACUUUACAAGCUGAGAAAAAGAAGUCGGUCCAAGGGGGUCUGGACUUGACAUUCAAAUGCUUUUUCCCAAAAGGGAAAAAAAUACAAAACCCACCACAUACUUUUGAGCUUUACGAAAAUGGAGUACAGAUCAAAUCAGAGUCUGUGGGAAACAAACUGGGAGCGGAGUUUACUGUAAAGAACGUCAAUGAGACCAUCGAUGUAACUUACAUCUGUAAGUACAAAGCACAGAGAGGCUUUACUAUUCAGAGUCAACAGUAUGGCCUUCAACACAGAGGCACUGAGAACACAACAAAGCAAGUGGAACCCGGGGGAAGGGGAACAUCAGUUCUUGACUAUUGGUUGGCUCGGCUAACAUCAGUACCAGGUCUCUAUAUUGUGAUAUCCUUUGGUGCUUUCCUGCUGCUGUUGCUCAUUGCACUAUUAAUAAAAGCCAUCAUCAAGUGUUCCCAAAGUAAAAAAGCUUCAGAUCGAGAAACGGAGGGCAAUUCAUCUGAGGGACCUAAUAAUACGAUUUUGUACUCCGUCCUGGAACACAAGGAAACCAGCACAAAGAUGCCAAGGGAUGCAGAAAAGGUGGUUUAUGCCAAACUUGGCCCCCAAAUCACAACACAGAACUCUCCAGUCGACUCAGAAAUUGUUGAGUCAGCAUGAUGCUACUGUACAGUGUGAAUAUAUAAUGUGUCUGUUAUUGGAGAAAUCACAAUCUGUUUAAAAUGGCCAGGCACGACUGAACGUUUUUCCAAUAAACAGGGAAAUGUGCCAAAAUAUCAA